AUGCAAAUGUGUUUUCAGACAAUACUGUCGGCCAGAAGUGUCUUUGAAUAACAUGUUGUGUAGUUCGCUCAUUUUAGGACACGUAUUUUGUGAAAGGCGGUGUUUUAUACGCGUGAUUUGAGCGAAAGGUUCGUCCUGUGUUAGCUGCGGAGGGAUACUUAACGUCCCACUGCGCGUCAAAAUAUUGGCUCUGGGAAACCGCGUCAAAGCUCAGACAGCGGCAACUAGUCCUCAGGAUACCUACACGCCGCGAAUGACAUUGCAACCUGCCACACUCGCGAGCGUUUCUAGGAAACUCGGGAAUCUACGCUCGUUGUUGUUUUCAUCGGAACCUAGUUUUGUUUUUGUUGGCGGUAUCUCGAGUCUCGAGACCCUCCCAACCCAACUCGGACCCGCUUUCAUGUCGGUUUUCAGGCACUGGUGUGCGACUUUACGGUCGUGACUCGAAGAGAACGGGCGCGGUGCGGCCAACUUGGCGCACUGCUGGACGGUCCACACCACUAUUUAGACGGCGCCCGAACCCCCUAAAGUCUUACUAGUCGUUGUCGAAACCUCAACUGCCUGCCUUGGAACACCACCACCGGAUUUUCGUUUUUACCUCCUCCUUUUUUUUCUAAUAUGUUGCUGUCAAAGUUUGGUUCAUUUUCUCAUAUUUGCAACCCUUCGGGCAUGGAUCACAUGCCAGUGAAAAUUCAGCUUCAGCCGGUCAAAGUGGAGAAGGAGCCGUUCGAAAAGGUGUACCAGGUGGGCUCCGUGCUGGGGAGCGGUGGCUUCGGCACCGUGUACGCCGGCAGCAGGCUCUCUGACGGGGCACCGGUGGCUGUAAAACACGUCGCGAAGGAAAGGGUGACCGAGUGGGGCUCAAUUAAUGGAAGCAUGGUCCCGCUCGAGAUCCUCCUGCUCAAGAAGGUCAGCUCGUCGUUUCGUGGAGUUAUCAAAUUGCUGGACUAUUACGAGCGCGCCGACGGCUGGCUGCUGGUUAUGGAGAGGCCGGAGCUCGUCAAGGACCUGUUCGAUUUCAUAACCGAGAAGGGCGCCCUGGACGAGGACGCGGCGCGGGGCUUCUUCCGCCAAGUCCUGGAGGCGGUGCGGCACUGCUACAGUUGCGGGGUGGUACACCGGGACAUCAAGGACGAGAACCUGCUCGUGGAUCUCCGCACCGGCGAGCUCAAGCUUAUCGACUUCGGUUCUGGGGCGAUUCUCAAGGACACCGUGUACACCGACUUCGACGGCACUCGUGUGUACAGUCCACCAGAGUGGAUCCGCUUCCACAGAUAUCACGGACGCUCAGCCACGGUGUGGUCGCUCGGCGUGCUGCUUUACGACAUGGUGUGCGGAGAUAUCCCCUUCGAGCAGGACGAGGAGAUCCUUCGGGGGAGAGUGUACUUCAGGAGGAGGGUGUCAGCUGAGUGCCAGCAGCUGAUUAAAUGGUGCCUGGCCUUGCGGCCCUCCGACCGGCCCACACUGGAGCAGAUCUGCGACCACCCCUGGAUGAGGGUGUCGGCCGAGGUGCCUGAGUCCAAUCCCGAGGAGCCGGCCGCCGGCGACAUCCGCCUGCGGACCAUCGCCACGGAUUCGUCAUCGAGCACAACCUCGAGCAAGGAGAGCCUCUGAGGAGCGGUCUGAAACACUAAAGACUCGCUGGGGGCGAUGAGGAGGGGGCAAGGCCAGGCCGCAAGGAGUUAAUGGACUCUCGUAUGGUCGCCUGUGGCCGAGCUUGGCUGAUCAAUGGCCAACAACAGCUCCUUUUUUUCAUUCAGUUAGCAUCAUACAAGUUGUUUCCUAAAGGGGAACAUGUUGCUGUUUGGGUGCAACUGUUUGUUGUUGCUUCUCUUAAUUCUCCCCCACAUCUCCUUUUUUCAUUCAGUUGAUACAAGUUGUUUCCUAAAGGGGAACAUGUUGCUGUUUGGGUGGUCUUACCAGAACUAUUUAUUCCCCCUCUGCCCUUCCCUUUGUCAGUAGGCUGGUGUAUGCAUCUGGCAAGGCCUUCCUAUUCAGAUAUGGCUGCUCUCAUAGAGCUUAGGAGAAAACUUUUUUUUCCCCAAUGUUUUAAUUUUGGAGUGCCUUUUUUUGGGGGGAGGGAAACGCUGCUUUUUCUGGGGGCUUUUCAUCUCAGUUUUUUUUUUUUUUCCCUCGGAUUCAACCUCAGUGAUGGAGACCAAGUGCCUCCAUCACGACAAGCCAAGUAGCCCCCAGCUGAGAGGCUGCGAGAGCAUUAAAGAGUAGAGAAUGGAAUACUUGAAACACACACACACGCACGCAACUGUGUAUCACUCUUCGAAGCUGCUCACUCACUCUAUAGCCUGAACAGGUGUUUUGGAAACUGGAUCCUGUCUUUCUGAAUGUCUACAACAUGUAAACACACACACACACACACACACCUCUGCCCCCCCCCAAUCCCUCCUGCUGUGUUCAGCCAUGCCUGUUGCGAGUUCUGUCGCGCCUCUUUAACUUUUUGCCCCCCGCCAUCUCACUGCUUGACACUUCAUGGUCCCCCACUCCUGGCCUCCCUCGGGGGCUCCUUGGGGUGUGAAAUGCACAAUCAAUGCAAUAUUCAUCAACUCUGUUGUUUUUUUUUGGGGGGGGGGCAAAUAUUGUACAGUGUGUUCCCCCUUCUGUCAGUGUGUAAAUUUUUUUUCCCCCUUCCCAUUUGCUUUUAAUUUAUUUGUAAACAUGUAGACAUUCCACGUUCUGUGGUUAUUUAUUUAUUUAUUUUCUAUGCUUAAAACUCCCCUCCCUUUAAAAAUAAUUUUUGCAUAUCCUACUUGGCCUUUAGUUUGCAUUCCUAACUUAUUUUUACAUUAUCGACAAUUUUUUUUUUUUUUUUUUAAUUGUAGAUGUGGAGGAUGCACUGACAGUUGUCGAUGUAAAGCAGAUGAAAUGAGUUUACUUAAAGUUGAAAGGAUUUGAAUGUUAACUACUUUGGAGAUUAAAUCCAUCUGGUUUCUGUACUUUCAAGUUGAAGUUUUGAGUUGUUUGGGAAGCAAAACAUUUGUGGUCUCCACACAGCCUCGAUAACCUAGGGCUCACUGUUGCCACUCGGGGCUCCAAAGGAUGAAUUUUUUUUUUUGUUUGUUUUUGAUACAAAAUUUUCAAUUAAAGACCCACUUUUAUGUACAGAAA